GUAUGCUACUUUAUAAUUUACAAAUAAAAACGAAUCAGGCAACUUCAAAGACAGCCUGGUGCUUACUAGGAGCAAAGAAGGCCCUUCAUGGGUCCUGCCGUUGCUUAGAAACGCGUUGUUGUCGUCGUGCAUGUUCACAGUGAAUUUUCUGAAAACAAACCGAGAUUUUUCAUCACAAAUUAGUGAUGCUUUCCCGUCUAUAAUCAAGCCGUGAUUGCGAACAAUUUACGACGAGCCCUAAAUAUAUCCGCCGAAGAUUGUAAAACAAUAUGCUGCCGUAAAAAUGUAUUUAGGGUAGUUAGUUAGAUAGCGUGGGUAACAAUCAAGCUAAUCUGCUAAUUAACUUUAGUCAGAUAGCCAAAGCAAUAACACUGUCGGGUUGUGGAAUGUAAAGUUACCAUUUGCGGUGUAUUUUACGAAUUAUUGUUUGAAAAGAUUAAUUAAACGAUAUCCAUAGAGUUAGAAAGCGUGUGAUGGAGUAAAACAGUGGUAAGCUGUCAUCUAAUCCCGCUGUAUUAAGAGGCUCAGAGUUUAAACUCCUGCUUCUGCUUCUCUAGUCUCGCAAUGGACGCAGGAGGCAUUUCUGAUCUGGACCUGGAGAAAUAUGACGCUGAUGAGCAAGUCAAGAUCAUCUGCCUCGGAGACAGCGCUGUUGGCAAAUCCAAGCUUAUGGAGAGAUUCCUUAUGGAUGGAUAUCGGCCUCAGCAGCUGUCCACUUACGCUUUGACUCUCUACAAAUACACCGCAACCAUCAAUGGGCAAACUAUACUGGUUGAUUUCUGGGAUACUGCAGGGCAAGAACGUUUUCGAAGCAUGCACCCAUCUUACUACCAUAAAUCUCAUGCCUGUAUCAUGGUGUUUGAUGUCCAGAGGAAAAUCACAUAUAAGAACCUCCCUAAUUGGUACAAAGAACUCCGAGAGUACCGGCCUGAGAUUCCAUGUCUGGUAGUCGCUAACAAGAUAGAUGCUGACAUGAAGGUGACCCAGAAGAGUUUCAACUUUGCUAAGAAACAAGGUCUUCCCUUCUACUUUGUAUCUGCUGCUGAUGGGACCAAUGUGGUGAAGGUGUUUAAAGAUGCCAUUCAGAUGGCUCUGUCCUACAAGAAGAACUCCAACGACUUUAUGGAUGAAGUUAUGAGGGAGUUAGAGAACUUUGAUUUAGAGAAUAAAGAAGAAACAUCUGAUAAAGAAGAGGAGACUCAAGAGGGAAAACCAGACUCCGCGUGACCACGUCAGAUUCUUCAUCCUCUUUUCUCAUUCUCCGCUGCUUCUGGAGUUGUACUGAUGAGUUCCUUAAAUCAUGGCUGUCCUCUCACUGUCCUGAGAACUCUACCUCACACACACUAGUGUGUGUCUUUUUGAACCUCUAAUAUGAAUUAUGGUUCUGUGAAUGUACAGGUGGCAUUAUCCAAUGAUCAACACCAAUGGAAUCACAGUUAUGAACUGCUGAACUAAUUUGAUACAAAUUGUGCAGCAUUCAGAUUUAGCAAAACACCUUUUUAGUUAUCUCUUUAUGGAAUGUGAAGCUUUGUCUGUGCCGAAUGUAAUAUAAACAUAUACAUUGCUUGUUAUUUUUUUCCAGCUGGAAUUUAUAUAUUUAGGUGAAAUAUUUAUAAUUUUUUUUAAAAAACAGAAACACAUUUUGUGUAACAAUUUGUGAUGCUCAUCAGCAUGAAUAAAGUAGUUGAUCUUUGAAUAAGGGUAGCUGAUUAUACAAGAUCAAGUAUUUAAUAAAUACAUGCAGUUUUAACUGCAGUUUUUAGGUUUCAUCAUGUAAAACUAGUACACUUAAAUCUGCAGGACUGUUUGGAUUGCAAAGAAGUUAAGGGAUUUAAAUUGUGAAAAAGCCAAAAUGGCUAUCAGUCACACCUGAAAUACACUCAUUCCCCUUAAACUUGAUGGAAAAAAGUUUAUAUCCAUUUUAUUUGCCAACUAAAGAGUGUAUAUAUAUAUAUUAAAGAGAUUUGUUGCAAGCAUACCUGAGAGUAGGAUACACUAUUUUGGGAAUUAAUGAGAAGACAGCCAUGAUGAAAACUCAAACAUAUGAAUGUGUUUGUGUGGAUGUGAUGGUCAGGGCAAAGAAGAGAGCUGAGACUGCUCUGAAUGCUCACUGACGUUUACACACUGUCAACUUACAGUCAAUCGCUAUUGACUUUUGUUUUAGAAUGAGGAUGAAUGGCAGAUUACAACACAAAUUCAACACAAAAGUUUGGCUGACAGGCAGUCUGACCAAUCGAAACGCCGAAUCCACCAUUUUGUCAGACAAACAGACCAGACAGAGUUAGUAGUUUAACAUCGGUGAACUUGAAUUUAAACAAUUGUGUGUAUUGAUGUCUUUCCGUGGUUGAAACGACAUACGCCUUCUGAUGUUCAUUCAUGCUAUAACUAAUAGGAAGAGAUUUUUGGUUCACGUGCCACUUGAAAUGUGGCGCUACAGCGAUCUGUCAUAACACAAAGAGCCACAACACCGGUAUUUAUUGUUUGAAUAAAAAAAAGACAAAAUUUGAAAGCUGAGACUGUUUCAUAAAACAUAUGAUCGGCGCAUUGUCAGUGUCCUUUUUGCCCCGCAAUAUAUAUUUCUUUGGAUGCGAAUUAGUUGACGUUUACAAGAGAAUUAGCUGAAACAAUUCAGCUAAUCAAAAAUGUAUACGUUUUACAUCUGUAAGAGAGGCGUGCACACAUUUUUUGUGCGUACGUGUGAUUCAGAGUACAAACGUCCGGAGCAAAGUUAACAUUUAUGUCCUCGCAAGUUGCAACAUUUCAUGGUUAAAAUUCAUACAAAUUUUACCAACUGCCGAUUGACAUUGUUUCAAAAACUCGCCAACUCCGAUUGUUACUUGCAUUUGGUGCUUGUUAAUUUUAGGCCCUGGUUAUGUUGCAACUUGGAAACAAAUCACAACACACCAUCCAUCUCCACUUUGAUUACUGAUUGUAAAUUAUUUCAAUUUUAAAUAAUUUGUAAUAAUAGUAGUAUAUUCUCUACUAGCAAUGUAUGCUGAUUUAAAAAAAAAUUGUAAAUGGAUAUAAUGUUUGUCAUUAUUGUACUGUAGUUACAGUGAGUGGGGAUCCUUCAAAAAAGAAAAAAGUCCUAAAAAUAGAUCGAUUUUGUCAGUUCUCUUUAUUCUUUAAUGACCCAGUUUCUUCAUGCGUUUCCUCAGAUAUUAUAAAUAAUAAUUAUUAUUGUGAAGAGCAGUUAUUCUUAUUGCACAAACUUUGAAGGCACUUUUAGAUUUUUGCUUUUGGUUUGUGUAUUUUUGUGAUUUUUGCACAAAUGCUUUACACAUCAACUAUACAUCCAUGUUGGUGAAUUAAAAUAGAUCCAGCCUUGAACUGGAUACAACCUGUAUAUCAUUAGAAAAAAAAAAAAAAUCUUAUUUCUGAAGACUCAGGUGUUUUUUCUUAUUAUAGGGUAGGAAGGGGGGGUUCACCUGCACCCGAAAGAUAUAUUUUUUUAACCUAGUUUUUUGUAAUCCUUAAGGUGUCUAGAAAAGGAAUUUUGAUGUUCCCCACACAAAUUUUUGUCCCAUAUGUGAUUUUUUGUAUCAUCUUUUGUGUCCGUGCUUGAUUUUUGGCUGCGGAAAAUGAAAACUUUAAACCUACAUAGAAUCUGAACAAUACAUCCUACAGACACAAUCUACCCCAUUUUCUCUUCGUCUUUGCAUGAGGAAUUGAUAGAUAUGAGGAUUGUCUUUAUUAGAUGAUGUAUAGUGCAUAAAAACUCAAAUAAACACCAAAAAAUGUCAAAAAAUGGUGACAUUGGAUCACUGGAACUCCUCCCCUAUGGACCCUUCUGAUAUAUGUUUUCUAACUUUUGUAUUUUUACAGUCUUUAGGAUGUCUAAGAAGCAAAUGUUGAUGAUCCCCACCUGAAAUAUUGUCACAUGUAUGUAUUUUCUGGCUAUAUUGGUUGCCACCCUGGAUAUCCAAAAAAGCA